CAGUCAAGUUGUGAGAGUGUGAGGAGGCGCAUCAACGGGGCAGCGCGCAGCACCGCUCUCUGGAUAUUUCUACUCGUUAUUUCCACGCGCAGGACGCUUCACGCGCCGACCAGUGACCCAGAUAUCGGUCCGAUCGCUGUCGCUUUAAAGCGAACGCCUCCCCCCCCUCCCGACCACAGACCCCCACAGGCACAGCCAUGGACGGAUUCUACGACCAGCAGGUCCCAUUUAUGGUCCCGCCCAGCCACAAGUCUCCGCUGGACGAGGCUCCUCCGAGGCCCCCGGCCGACCGGAAGAGGAAGUUCGUGGACACGGAGCUCGCUCAGGACACGGAAGAACUCUUCCAGGACCUCAGUCAGCUGCAGGAGAUCUGGAUCGCAGAAGCUCAGGUGCCGGACGACGAACAGUUUGUUCCAGAUUUCCAGUCGGACAGCUUGAUGUUUCAUGGCCCGCCGCCCGCCAAGAUCAAGCGAGAGCUGCCUCCCUCCAAAGAUCUGUCUCCCUGCCGCCAGGACCGAAGUCCCAUGAACUACGGAGAGAAGUGCCUUUACAGCUACAGUGCCUGCGACAGGAAGCCCGCCGCCGGGUUCAAGCCAUUGACUCCGCCCUCCACGCCGGUGUCGCCCUGCGGCGCCGCGGCCCACCCGCUGAGCGAGCAGACUCCGCCCCCACACCCCCAUGUAGCCAAUCAGAGCGCAGGGCCGCACCAGGUGCACGUCCAGCAGCCGAUCGCGGCCGGCGGCGGCCAGAACCAGCCGGGCCUCCAGGUCCACAGCCCGCCGUUCGCCGUGCCCUGCGCCCCCGUCGGACAGGAGGGCAGCAGCUUCACACCUGAGCACAGGUGA